GGGCAGCUCGGAUGGCUGGACCGCACGUGACGCAGGACACGCCAGGCGAGGGGUCCUUGAUCUGCCUAUGCCUUGCUGGAGGACCGAGGCCUCCGCCCCUUUUCGGGACCACAGAGCACCCUCCGGGUCUGUCAGCUCCGCGCUCCGCGGCUGUCUGCUGGCUGCGGGGCCCCGCCACGCCCCUUCCCUACUCGGCGCCACGCCCCCUUCGCAGACGCCACGCCCCCCGCUCUGCCAACCUUCUUCCCCAGCCACGCCCUUAAGCCACGCCAGUGGCCUUAUCGUCUCACUGUGCCCCGUGACGCCCCUUUCUUUCGGGCCACGCCCUUUGCCCACGGGCUACGCCCACUUCUCUCGGGCCCGGCCUCCCCUGAGCGCUUGGCACCCGUGGCGGCUUCCCGCCUGCUGGGGCCUCGCCUGCACCUCAGGGGGGCGGGGUCCUGCAUCCGCCCUGCCCUGCCCUGCCCCUGCCCCACCCUGGACCGAGGAUUGACAACGAAAAUGUACGGAAAUUAAUAUUUAUGGUCAAAUGGAGGAGAAAAUGAAGUAAUUCAAGCAGCAGUUAUGAGGCAGAGCCUAAGAGAACUAUGGCAACAUCAGGUGACUGUCCCAGAAGUGAAUUCCAGCAGGAAGAAGCCCCUGUUGAAUUCGGCCAGGAGGAGCUUCUGCAGGGGCCAGUGCAGCCGGAGGAGUUCGUGGCCAUCGCGGACUAUGCCGCCACCGAUGAGACCCAGCUCAGUUUUAUGAGAGGAGAAAAAAUUCUUAUCCUGCGACAGACCACUGCAGAUUGGUGGUGGGGUGAGCGUGCGGGCUGCUGCGGGUACAUUCCGGCAAACCAUGUCGGGAGGCCGCUGGAGGAGUACGACCCUGAGGACACCUGGCAGGACGAAGAGUACUUCGGCAGCUACGGGACUCUGAAACUCCACUUGGAAAUGCUGGCAGACCAGCCACGAACCACUAAAUACCACAGUGUCAUCCUGCAGAACAGAGAGUCCCUGAAGGACAAAGUCAUCCUGGAUGUCGGCUGCGGAACUGGGAUCAUCAGCCUCUUCUGUGCGCACCACGCCCGGCCCAGAGCGGUGUACGCGGUGGAGGCCAGCGAGAUGGCCCAGCACACAGGGCAGCUGGUCCUGCAGAACGGCUUUGCCGAUACCAUCACCGUGUUCCAGCAGAAGGUGGAGGAUGUGGUGCUGCCCGAGAAGGUGGACGUGCUGGUGUCCGAGUGGAUGGGGACCUGCCUGCUGUUUGAGUUCAUGAUCGAGUCGAUCCUGUACGCUCGGGACGCCUGGCUGAAGGAGGACGGGGUCAUCUGGCCGACCACGGCCGCGCUGCACCUCGUGCCCUGCAGUGCCGACAAGGACUACCACAGCAAGGUGCUCUUCUGGGACAACGCCUACGAGUUCAACCUCAGCGCUCUGAAAUCUUUGGCAAUUAAGGAGUUUUUUUCGAAGCCCAAGUAUAACCACAUUUUGAAACCAGAAGACUGUCUCUCUGAACCGUGCACUAUAUUACAGUUGGACAUGAGAACUGUGCAAAUCUCUGAUCUAGAGACCAUGCGGGGCGACCUGCGCUUUGACAUCCGGAGGGCCGGCACCCUGCACGGCUUCACGGCCUGGUUCAGCGUGCACUUCCAGAGCUUGCAGGAGGGCCAGCCACAGCAGGUGCUCAGCACCGGGCCCUUCCACCCCCCCACACACUGGAAGCAGACGCUGUUUAUGAUGGACGACCCCGUCCCUGUCCAUGUGGGAGAUGUGGUCACAGGCUCGGUUGUGUUGCAGAGAAACCCUGUGUGGAGAAGGCACAUGUCAGUGGCUCUCAGCUGGGCAGUCACUUCCAGACAAGACCCCACAUCUCAGAAAGUUGGAGAAAAAGUCUUCCCCAUCUGGAGAUGACAGUGGUGUUCUGUUUGGAAAGCAGUGUGCGUAUCUUGAGGGAUGAACACGAGUGAAUCAAGACGCACCUGGCUGCUCACACGUGCUCCCGUGAGUCUGUGGACAUUCGCUCCGCAUUGACCCUCCCUGGCCUGGCAGGUGACGUCAGGGCCCUUCACAGACAAACGUGCUGCCCGGCUGCCCUCGCUGCCAGUGUCCACCCUCUAGAAGUAGGCUGUGUUCCAGGUGCCACCCCGUGGUUAGGUCAGUGUUCCCACGCUAGGUCUAGUUCUACACUCCUAGGACGCACGCAUGUCAGCCUGUGUACCCUGUGACAGUGAUGUUCACGCGUCAUGUGUUCGUGGUGUCCUUGCUGCCAUUGGCUCAUCCAGUUAACACGCAGGAUGUAGGAUUGCAGAGCCGUGCAGGUGUGUGCAGGGGACGCUGGGUUGCUCUGGCCCAGCGCAAGAGCUGGAGGUAGCAGUGCAUGUGGCAGGCUCUGCAUGGGAUAGUACCGUUGCAUAGACGUCUUCCAGAUAAAUUAUGUGUGGCACAUAGUACAUGCUCAAUAAAUAUUUUUUAAUGAACA